AGGCGACCCUGGGUGUUCGUUCGAGGGUCAGCGUUGGGGUCCGGAAGCUUCUCGUGCCAGGUGCGGAGCUCGGGGUCUCCUGCACGAAGCCCUCGCAGAGCCUUGGCCGCCCAACAGUUAGGGCUGCAAGGGAGCUUAGAGAGCAUCUUAGUCCGUCCUCCUUACCCCCAUUUUACAGAUGGGGAGAUUGAGGCCCAGGGACUUGCCCGAGGUUACACAGCUUUUUCCAAAGCGAGUUGCUGCCUGGGCGAAGCUUGUCCUGUAAAGCGGGUCCCUUGGCAGGAGCAGUCGGGAGCUCCUGGCGCCAGAGUGCCAUGCAUCCAAUGUUUGCCGCCGAGCUGAAGCAGAACUUCAAAGAUCCCUACGAUGCCUUUAUGAAGCAUCACCUUCAGUAUUAUGGAUACUUCAAAGCUCAGGGUGAUGGUUUGCCAAAUGCCGCUAAACAUCAGGAUACUUGGGAGAGGCAUCCUCAAUACCUGUUCAAGGGGAAUUUCCGGAAAAGAAGUGAUUUGAAUCAGGAUACUUUGCAAGAGGAGAAGCUAAUAUGGAAUUCAUGUGCCUCCCCUACCUCCGGGCUUCUGUCCCAAAUGGAGACAACCAAUACAUGGUUCUUCAAAUCUGGAUCAUCUUCAUUUUCCCAAGACAGUUCUCUUUUAUUGGAUACAUCUCUGUUUAAGAGCAACCAACUGCUCUUUGAUGAAUUUGGUGAAGGAAACCCGCGCCUUCGAGAACCUCGAAAUCUCUUUGCUUUCUUCUCUAACGAUGGGUUUCUGCAGGCUCCCCGAUGGCCCAUAGAGUGCGAAGUCAUCAAGGAAAACAUUCAUCAUAUCGAAUGGGUCCCACCCAAGCCUGAGUAUUUCUAUCAUCCUACAGGAAAUGAGAAGGUACCGGAAAUUGUUGGAGAGGGAAAAGGCACAGUGGUCUAUCACAUUGAAUCAGGGGUCAGAACUCGCCAAGACCGUUUAAGUCACAGAGAAGCCUAUGUCAGCAGAGGAAGUACCCAUCCUGACAAAAUCACAGCUCCUUGGAGUUUGGCCAGAGGACAUGGCCAUGGCCAGGAUAACGGUCCCCACAAGUAUUUCUGCCCAGAAGAUGAUACCCUGCUGUUUGAGUCGAGAUUUGAGAGUGGGAAUUUGCAGAAAGCUGUGAGAGUAGACACCUAUGAUUAUGAACUCACUCUUCGAACCGAUCUCUACACUAACAAGCACACUCAGUGGUUUUAUUUCCGAGUCCAGAACACCAGGAAGGAGAUCACCUAUCGCUUCACCAUCGUCAAUCUGCUAAAACCCAAGAGCCUCUACACCACAGGGAUGAAACCGCUCCUGUACUCCGAGGUGGACGCCCGCACCCAGAACGUGGGCUGGAGGCGAGCGGGGGACGAGAUCAAGUACUACCGGAAAGCUGCCGAGGAGGGACAGCCGACCUUCUACUGCCUCACCUGGACGGUCCGCUUCCCGCACGACCAGGACACCUGCUACUUUGCUCACUUCUACCCCUACACAUAUACGGACUUGCAGUAUUACUUGCUGACGGUGACCAACAAUCCCACCCAGUCCCAGUUCUGCAAGCUCAGGACUCUGUGUAGAAGCCUGGCGGGCAACACUGUCUAUCUGCUCACCAUCACCAACCCGUCCAAGACUUUGGAAAUGGCCGCAGCAAAGAAAGCAGUGAUUCUGAGUGCCCGAGUCCACCCCGGGGAGAGCAACGGCUCCUGGAUGAUGAAAGGAUUCCUGGACUUCAUCCUCGGAGACUCCCCCGAUGCUCACCUCCUCAGGGACCUCUUCAUUUUUAAGGUGGUCCCCAUGCUAAAUCCAGAUGGGGUGAUUGUGGGGAAUUACCGCUGUUCACUGGCGGGCAGAGACCUGAACAGGCACUACAAGACCAUCCUGAAAGACUCCUUCCCCUGCAUUUGGCACACCAGGAACAUGAUCAAGAGAGUCCUUGAAGAGCGGGAGGUCCUGCUGUAUUGUGAUUUCCAUGGGCACAGUCGCAAGAACAACAUCUUCCUGUACGGCUGUAACAGCACCAGCCGCAAACAAUGGCUUCAUGAGCGAGUCUUCCCUUUAAUGCUGAGCAAAAAUGCCCCAGAUAAGUUUUCCUUCCGGAGUUGUAAUUUUAAAGUGCACAAGUGCAAAGAAGGGACUGGACGGGUUGUGAUGUGGCGGAUGGGAAUCCUGAACAGCUACACUAUGGAGUCUACCUUUGGAGGGUCAACAUUAGGCAAGAAAAGGGAUACUCAUUUUAACACUGAGGACCUGAAAUCCCUUGGUUAUCAUGUCUGUGAUACUCUUCUUGAUUUCUGUGAUCCUGAUCGCACUAAGUUCCAGCAGUGUCUAACAGAGCUUAAAGAUGAAAUCUUUAAGAAAUUCUCAGAACUUGGACAACAAAUGGACUUGGAUGGCAACUGGAGCGACAUUUCCUUGUCUGACAUUGAAUCUAGUACAAGUGGUUCAGACAGCUCCCUCUCCGAUGGGCUUCCUAUUCAUUUAUUGGAUAUGACAGAAAAGCUUGAAAUGAAGAAAAAGCCAAAGAAGAAAAAGAAACCUCUGGAGACAAGGAAGCAAAGAAAUGAGCUGCACCAGAAGCACAGGGCAAUCCAGGAGAAUAAGCUAGCUGAUGAUAGCCAGGAAAAAACAGAAUUUACUGCCAUGCUGAAAAAACCGCCAUCCUUUCUCAAAGGUCCAGAAGCCCGAGUGAAAAAUGAGAACUCAAAGUUUAACGAGAGCAAGAAACCAGGUUUUAAAAUUCCAGAACCUCGGAAGAAGGGCCCAACCAGCACUCAUGAAGUCGCUUCAGUAGCAUAUCCGUGGAAGGAAAAGGUAUGCAGGUACCAAAACUGUCUGUUAACGAAGCAAGACAUCAACCAUCAUCAGCUGGCACUCGUCACGUCAGUGCCUCCAGAAAGAAGCAAGACUCCUGUAGCAAUUAAGCAGUACUCGCCUCCAGUCUUUCUGCAGCUGAGCCAGGAGGGCUGUGAGAAACAGGCGGCUUUGCGUAAUCUGAUUCAGCAAGGGAAGUGGAUACCAUCACAAACUUCAUCUAUAACACCCAGCAUCCAAGCCUCAGGAUUUUCCUGCAUGAUCCAGUAAUGCAAAUAUCAUCCAUAUGACAGGGAAAACCACAGUGGGCACCAGCAGCUGAGCUUGUGAUGCUGAACAUGUGAUGCUAACCAGAGACUUAAAGAUGACAGGAAACUGAAUGGUGGAUCAUGAAAAUGUCUAUGUGGCAGGAAGGAGACAGUACUUGCAGCAAUUAGGCAUUAUUGUGUUAGAAUAUAAAUCCUAAUGAGGCAAAUUACUGGCAGUUGAGUAAAAUGUUUAUAUACAUAUGUAGUGGGUUGUGGGGGGAAAUUACUAUUUUCUGUAUUGACAGCCAAUAAAUUAUAGCUAUUUUGUGAUGACUGUGUUUCCAAAAUUCUUUAGAACCUAUAUUCUCCCUCACCUGGGACUUACUAUACAAAUUCACAACUCCAGAAUCAAGAAUCCAGAAGUCUGUGUGAUUUAAGAAUGGAUAUUAUCCCUCUCCAAAACCUCAUAUGCAAGUUGUUUGCUUGGGCUAGCACUGCAUUAUUCCAUAUAAAAUAUACGAAAAGACAUCACCAUGGAACCAGCUCUCCCUUCUUCCAAGUCUUGGUUCCUUUACCAAUCUAGUCAACAGUUGAACAAAUCAUUUUCCACCCGGAUGCUUUUUUUCUCAGUUGUAAAUGGGAAAAAGCAUCUUUGCUAUUUGUGCCCUUUAGCAUAGUCUGUACCAAGUGGACCUAUACCAUUUUUCAGUGGGAGACUAGUCCAUUAGAAGCUUCUCCUCCCGCCAUUUUAAAAAAUUUGUAGGAAGCUUUUGUCUUCCAGUAACAGAGAUGGAAAACUUGGCUCAUGGAGCCCCUGGGUCCUGGAGUUUUAAGAAUAUAAAACCACCUAGUGUUAACUCCCCAUUGGUCCUAUGCUAAUUUUAUUCCAGAAGCCCUUUCUGAUCUAUUAGUGUUCUUAGCAUGGCACUCACUCAUACAUCUUAAUCCCAUAACCUUUAAUGUGCUCAAGGAUUAAAUUUUCUAUCCUUCAAAAAUUUUUUCUAAUUUCAAGAAAAUUAUGGUGUUUGGGGCUCUCCUUCCUAGACCCUCAGGGUUUUUGUCAUUUCUGGAAUUUUCCUUCAAGAAUUUUUUUUUUAUGGAUCUUAGAUUCCUCAUUUAAAGUAACCCAAUCUGACACCAACAGCCCUAGCCUUUUGUUACACCUGUUAACAAAACCGUUUCCAAGAGAUUAUCUUCCCAAGUUCUCUACUUCCAUGGCCUUCAGUUUAGAAGGCUUGAUAGGUGAUCAAGGAUCCAUUUUCCUGCUCCAAAUCCCAGUGUUCUGAAUAGGGGAAAUGUAUGACUUGAACCCUAACCCCAACCUUCUCUUCUUACAGCCCAGGUUCCUUGCUACUUCCAUUGAAAGGAUUACAGCCCAGACUUGGGAACAGCAGACAUUGUUACUUUAGUUACACCAUGUAGAUUUGCCCUUUUCCUGGAGAUUGAUGCCAUACAUCCAUGCUUGGAUGGCAUGCCACCCAAAGGCUUUCAGUAAUAAAUGAUUCACGCCUUACUCCAGGGGUACCUACUUGUAGAUUGUUCAACCUAUUAUUUACUAAUAGCACCCAACAGUUGGCUGUGGUUUCAUAUGGUCGACUCUUAAUUCAGGCAUUUUCAAUGGGUUGAUACUGGCUAGGGUCUUGCUGAUCUCUCAGUUGUUGGAGCCGCCCCUCCAUCACCCCUCAUUUUAAUAAUCUGAGCAAGGAAGAGAGCAUUCUUUUCGAGGCUCUGUUCAGCAACCUCUUAACCAUAAGACUGGGGAAAAUUUACAAGUAGCUCCUCAGAACUUAAACUUUUCAAUCAGUUAAUGUGGAUUUAUCCAACUUUUUCACAAUAUGGAAGCCUGAUGAUCAUGUGGAGCUCCUUCUUAGCAGAGGCAAUUUCAUUUCUAUUCUAAUCUUUAGAAAUCUGCUGAAAAGUUCCUAUCAAGUAGGAUCUCAUAAGAAACAAGGGAACUACUUGUCCACUGGAAAGAGCAUUGAAUCUGUGGUCUGAUGUUUUACCUCACUUGAGUCUCAAUUUAUUCCUCUACAAAACGAGGGGAUUAGGUUAGGCCAAGUCUAAGGUCCUUUCUGGUUCUAAAUACUGAUAAAAUUCUGUGCAGGCAACAAAGUUAACAUGCCCAAAUCAGAUUAGUCUGAGGUUUCUGAGAGUAGUCUCCUAGGAGAGGAGGUGGAGAAAGGGAAGUCUUAUAAAGAGUCUUAAUGUGGUUUCAAGUGUGAAGGCCAGCAUUUCUUUCAAGAUAAAGCUCUCCCCAUUCCCACCUCUCACCCUUAUGAAAAGGCAGGUUUGGAAGGGGCCUCGAUGUUAUAUGGGAGAUGGGAUAGCUACAGUGAAAAUGAGCCCAGUAAGGCUGAAAGACAAUUUUUUAUGCCUU